CCCAGAUAAAAGGUAGGGGAGGAGGAGAGAGAGAGAAGGAAGAGUCUAGGCUGAGCAAACAUGAAGGGGCCCUCAACCUUCUGCAGUCUCCUGCUCCUGUCAUUGCUCCUGAGCCCAGACCCUACAGCAGCAUUCCUACUGCCACCCAGCACUGCCUGCUGUACUCAGCUCUACCGAAAGCCACUCUCAGACAAGCUACUGAGGAAGGUCAUCCGGGUGGAACUGCAGGAGGCUGAUGGGGACUGUCAUCUCCAGGCUUUCGUGCUUCACCUGGCUCAACGCAGCAUCUGCAUCCACCCCCAGAACCCCAGCCUGUCACAGUGGUUUGAGCACCAAGAGAGAAAGCUCCACGGGACUCUGCCCAACCUGAAUUUUGGGAUGCUAAGGAAAAUGGGCUGAAGCCCCCAAUAGCCAAAUAAUAAAGCAGCAUUGGACAAUAAUCUCUAA